AUGGACUGGGCCGCUCCCAAUUUGCCACACACGAAACCCAACACCACGGCCUCGGACCCCUCAGCCAGGCCCAGCACCGCCGCCACUGCCAACCUCGACCCCAAACUCCAGCGCGAGCUGGUCAGGAUCAGUGAUUCCGUCCCAUUCAACCCCAAGCUGCGAUAUCUCCACCAUACUUGGGCCCAGACAUUCUUCUCGCGCCCGGAACUGUAUUUCCAGCCGUCGUCGAUCCCAGAGCUCCAGAAGAUCGUCACCCUUGCCCGGAGGUGUUGCAAACGCAUUUGUGUGACGGGCUUUGGCCAUUCGCCGUCCGACCUCACGUGCACGUCGUCCUGGUUGAUUAAUCUGGACCAUCUCAGCGCUGUCCUCGAGAAGGACGUGGACGGCAACCCCGGCCUCUAUCGCGUUCUCGCCGGAAUUUCUUUGCAUGACCUGAAUAUCGAGUUGGCCAAGGACGGGUACACGCUCCCCAACUUAGGCUCUAUCGAUGUGCAAUCCGUCGCCGGAGUCAUCUCGACCGGUACUCACGGCUCUAGUCUCAAGCACGGGUUGAUUUCGGAAUCCAUCACGUCACUGACCAUCUUGCUGUCCAACUCUCAGUUGGUCACCUGCUCAAAGACCAAGAACCCGCAGCUGUUUCGAGCCGCACUCCUCUCACUAGGCGCCUUGGGCAUCAUCGUCGAAAUCACCAUCCAGGCUGUGCCGGACUUUGACAUCUCCUGGUCCCAGUCGCUCCACAGCCUGGACGAAGUCCUUGGCACGUGGGACAAGGACCUCUGGACGAAAGACGAAUUCACUCGCGUCUGGUGGCUGCCGUAUCUGAAGCGCGCGGUCAUUUGGCGAGGGCAGAGAACCGAGUCUCCUCGUCGCCCGCCCAACGAGACUUUCUACGGCGGACGACUCGGCUAUUACAUCUACCAUAACCUGUUGUAUCUCUCCAACUACGUCCCGCGCAUUCUGCCCUGGAUCGAGUGGUUUGUUUUCGGCAUGCAAUAUGGCUUUCAAGCAGGCCGCUUCGAAAUGUCCGCUGUCCAACCUGCACGGGAGGGAUUGUUGAUGGACUGCCUGUACUCGCAGUUUGUGAAUGAAUGGGCUUUGCCGCUCGAUAAAGGUCCCGAGGCAAUCACCCGUCUAUCGGCAUGGAUCAACCAUGACGACGCGACGGCGAAGAUCCCGGUUUCGAGCAAGGGCAUCUGGGUCCACUGUCCUGUCGAAGUGCGCGUGACCCAUACCGGUCAAGAGGACCUGAACCGAUCCGGAGUGCGACCCUAUCUCGACCCGACGAUGGCGCAAAGCCCUACGCUUUACCUCAAUGCUACAUUGUAUCGGCCCUACGGCCGCGACCCACCCUGUCACGACACCUACUACGAGGCUUUCGAGUAUCUUAUGCGCGAGAUGGGAGCGAAGCCACACUGGGCCAAGAACUUCUCCGCAAGGACGACGGGCCGGUACCUCGAGCAGACGUACGGUGGUGAUAUGGCUGAGUUCAUGAAGGUGAGGGAUGAGAGUGAUCCCCAAGGCAUGUUCCUGGGGGAGUGGCAUAGUCGGAAUCUGCCCUUGCAGGGUGUCUCUGGCGAAACGGCUGGUCUAAGUUUGAGAGAGGAGGAAAUUAAGAGGACAAAAAAGGGACUUGGCUGGGGAUUUGGGGAUGGUGUUUUGUGGCAGGGACGGCAGGCGAAAUCAGUAGAAGGUGACAGCCCUGAGGACUUCUUUCAGCAGGUCGGCGACGGGCGAAAGGACGGAGACGACACCCUGAGCCCACCAGCCACGACAACGAGCGAGGAGUCCUUCGACUACAUGGCCAAGGGCGAAGCGAGCGUCUACGGCGGGCGGGAUGAUGCAGAGUGA